AUGCGGCCAACCAGGACAUUACCAAAGAGCGUGUCCUCAAAAGCAGCAACGACACCAUUUUCAGUAAAGAGAUCACUGGAUGGUAGUGAUCUCGUCAAUAAUAAUAUUAAUAAUCCAUCACCGUUACCGUUCAUUUUCAUUCCAGUUAAUAAUAUGUAUAUAAAAGCAUUAGUCGAUACCGGAUCAACACGUACAAUUAUUCAACAGGAUGCAUUAAACAGAAUUCGACAUAAACGCGUUUAUCCAGCUCAACAAUGCUAUCAUUUAGCUGAUGGUGCUUCAUCAUUAUCCAUUAUCGGCUAUGUUGACCUUGAGAUUCGAAUCCAACAUGUUAGAACAUAUGUUACAGCAGCCGUUGCAAAGUCAUUAUCAUGCCCACUGAUAUUGGGACAGGACUGGAUCACAUAUUACCAUGUUGACUAUAAUUCAUCUACCAAUCGGCUGUCAGUUUAUAAUAACAUUGCUUCUGUUCCAAUCGAACGUGUCGAUGAAACAACAUUUCCAGUAAGACUUGUACAACAGAUAGUUUUAGAGCCAAAAUCUGAACACGUUGUCGAGGCGCAUGUACCAAUAUCAUCAUCGUCUGCUGUUUUAUUUCAUCUAAAUCAAAAAAUUCACCAGAUUAAAUCAAUCAUUAUUCCGCACUCAUUGUUACAUGUCGAUAAAUAUAUUACAAAACUAACAAUAUAUAAUCCAAAUAUGUAUUCGUGUCGUUUACCGGCCAACACGAAUGUCGGAACAAUUACAUCAUUAUCAUCUGGUGACACAAUCUCGAAUGUUAUUGAUAGCAAUAUUGAUACGACAACUAUGUUAACAGAUGAUAAUAGUUGUAAACGUAAACAACGUAUUAGUCAAUAUGCAUAUUCAGAUUCGGAUUGCCUUGGUUCAAAUGGUGAUUAUGAUAAUUGUUAUUACCAACAAUAUAUAUCAUCGAUAAAUGAACAACAACAAUCCAACACUAGUAAAUGCAUUAACAUGAUAACUAAUACAAAUACAAAUCAUUUACCAUUACCAAUCAAUGUAUCCACCAUUAUUCAAGAUGCUAUUAAGCAUAUUACCAACAAACAACAACAGCAACAAUUUUAUGAAAUUCUUCACAAAUAUGAUAAAAUAUUUGAUACAUCAUCCCCCACAAUUGCUAAAACAACGAUACCACAUGCCAUACGUACAGCUGAUCAUCAUCCCGUGAAUUCAAGACCCUAUCGUGGAUCAGAAGAACAACAACGCGCUCUUCAACAUAUCCUUAAAAUUAUGUCAGCAAGUAAUCAAAUCCGUCCAUCGACAUCUCCAUGGUCAUCGCCAGUAUUGUUAGUGAAAAAAAAAGAUGGUGAUUAUAGAUUUGUUGUUGAUUAUCGAAAAUUAAAUAGUGUUACUAUUAAAGAUUCAUUUCCCAUUCCAACUAUUGAAGCAACAUUAAAACAAUUGUCUGGCCACUCAUAUUUUACAAAAUUAGAUUUAAAAAGUGGCUAUUUCCAGAUUCCGAUACAAGAGGAGGAUAAACAGAAAACAGCAUUCAUUACAACUACCGGAUUAUGGGAAUUCAACGUAUUGCCGCAAGGAUUGAAAAAUGCACCACCAUCAUUUCAACGUAUUAUGUAUAAUUUGCUGGUCAAUAAACGUGAACAUUAUUGCCUGGUCUACCUAGACGACAUUAUUAUAUUUUCGAAGUCGUUUGAUGAACAUAUUCACCAUCUAGAUGACAUUUUAUCCUCAUUAUGUAAACAUAAUUUUCAAUUAAAUCCACCCAAAUGUUUUUUUGUUAAACAACAGAUUGAUUACUUGGGACAUACAAUUGAUAUUCAUGGUAUGAGACCAUUACAUGAUAACAUUAAAGCAAUACAAGAACUAUCAUUACCAUAUGAACCAACACUAAAACAAGCAAAUGAAUUUAUUGGUGGCAUCGGGUGGUAUAGAAAAUUUAUUAAAAACUUUGCCAAGAUUGCUGCCCCAAUCCAUGCUGUUACCAAUUUGAAUAAGAACAAUCAGCAUAAAUUUUAUUGGGGAAAGGAACAGCGUGAUGCAGCUAAUAAAUUAAAAGAAAUUAUAAGUGGUCCUGAUUUAGUAUUAGAAUUUCCAGAUCCAACAGGUUCAUAUGUAUUAUCCACCGAUGCAUCAAAUAAUGGUCUUGGUGGUAUUUUGAAACAAAUUACAACAUCUGGAAAAUUAAAAAUCCUUUAUUAUUUAUCAAGGAAGUUAUCACCAUCUGAAAGAAAAUAUUCAACGACUGAAAAAGAAGCAUUAGCAAUGGUUUGGUGUAUUGAUCGAUUAAGACCCUACUUAUUAGGAGUUGAUUUCAAGGUGGAAACUGACCAUUGCCCCCUGUGUAAUAUACAUAAGAAAAAAUCAAGAAAUGGAAGGAUUGAUCGUUGGAUAGUUGAUGUACUACAAGAAUAUAACAUUCUGGAGAUUAAAUAUAAAAAAGGGAAAUGUCAUUGUGACGCUGAUUUAUUAUCCCGUUAUCCACAAUCAAAUGCACGUCAUGAUGAAAAUGUUAUUCUUCGUAAACAACAGCAUGGUUAUUUAUUUCCCCAUACUGAUACCGCAGAUGAUAAUGAUCUGAACAAUUGCAUGUCACCCGCAAUCGUUAAUGUAAUUACACGUUCAAAAACAAAAGCCAAUGUUAUUCAUCCAACAUCAUCCACAUCUUCUACAAAUGUUACAAGUGAACCAUCGCCACCAUUGGAAUCCACUACAACAACGACGAUUCCAUAUAUUGAUUUAACGAUCAAACGAAUUAAACAGGAACAAAAACUUGAUGCAACCAUCCAAAAUAUUAUUACACACAUGAAUCAUAAUGAUAAUUCCCAUUAUGAAUUGGUUGAUGAUGUAUUAUACCGACUUAUUCCACGUGGAACCAAAAAUAUUCGAUUACCAUAUGUACCGCGUUCAUUAAUAAAAGAUGUGUUAUUCUUAUUUCAUGAUCAUCCUUCAAGUGCCCAUUUCGGUAUCAAUCGAACAUAUGAAAAAUUAAAAAACAAAUAUUAUUGGCCCAAUAUGAAGAACUCUAUCAUUAAUUAUAUUCAAUCAUGUUUACAAUGUUCAAAACAUAACAUUCGUCGAACUAAACCAUCAGGAUCGAUGCAUUCAACAGAGCUUCCAAAUGAGGUCCUUGGUAUUGUCGGUAUGGACUUUUGGGGUCCUACCCAUCAAGCAUCACUGCAUGGAAAUCGAUAUGUUAUCACCAUGACUGAUUAUUUAUCGAAAUUUGUAUUUGCCAAGGCUGUUCCAACCAACACGGCCGAACAAGCAUGCAAGUUCUUCUACGAAAUUGUCUGUCAAUUUGGUCCACCAACAAAAUUGAUAACUGAUAAUGGUUCUCAUUUCAUAUCGGAGUUAACGCAAGCAGUCGUUCAACAAUGUAACACAACACAUAUUCUUACAACGCCGUAUCAUCCUAUGUCAAAUGGUCAAACUGAAAGAUUCAACGCCACAUUUGCACCAUCAUUGGCGAAAUUGUUUGACAGGAAAAAACAAGACUGGGAUAUAUAUCUUCAAUCAUGUGUCUAUGCUUAUAAUACCGGUAAACACGCUACAACAGGAUUAUCUCCCUAUCAGUUAAUGUUUGGUCGUGAACCUCAACCGCUGAUGGACCGAAAACAAUUGAAAGUCAGAUUAUCAAGACCAAAUGCAUACUGGGAUGUUGUUAGACGAUCAAGGCUACUGUUCCAACAAAUUGCAACAGCCAAUGCUCUACAUCAAAAUUCAUUAGCAAAAACGCGAUUCGAUAAGAAUCGCCCUAAUCCGCAAUAUCACAUUGGUGAAUUAGUAUUGAUUAAAGUCAUGGACAAGUCAUCCAAGUUUCAAGAACAGUUUGAAGGACCAUAUCGAAUUAUUGAACAAAAGGGUCCAUCAACAUUUGUGGUCAAAAUCGAAUCUCCCGAAGAAGAUGAUAAUCCUGAUUAUGUUAAGCAAGUUACGAUAUGUGAUAUGAAAAAUGUUAUUACACGUGACAUUUGA